AUGGCUCUUGCUCCCGAGACAGAAGUGGAAAUUCAAGGAGAAAGCUUCGAUCUUGUUACCCUUCCAAAUCCAAAAAGUGUGCUGGUGAGGAAGGCUAAAGAAAAUCUCCUUGGUUCCCUCGAUCUUGCAAGCCUCGUGGAUGAUCUAGGGAAACUUGGAAACUUUAUCCGUGUGGCGUACAAUGGUGUAGCAGGUAACACUGAGAUACAGAUUAAAGUACAGAAAGUUGGCUAUAAGAUCACAAACCUGGCUGACCAGUCUGCCGUCACUGUGCACAACUUUAAGCGUGCUUCGCAAGAUGUACUUCAGGAGCUCCAAGGCACCUAUCAGUACUUGCUAGAUGGAUUGGAAGAGAUGGCGCUGGAAACUCUCUCUGUAUUGAAUGACGUGGCGAAAGAGAUGGCUACGGCGGCAGAGAAGCUGCGCGAUGACUUUGAAAAGGCAACAAAUGAUGUAAUUGAUGCCUUACAAGAUACCCAGAGAGCAAAGGGCACUCAGGAGGAAAAGAAGAGAGCUCUUCUGAAAGAAAGAGAAGAAUUUGAGAGGGAGAAACAGAAAGCGCAAGAGCGACAGAAGAGUGCGCUCGAAGCUGAAGAAAGGGCGAAUGUUCUUUACACCGAGGCUCAAAAAAGAGAAGACAAAGCGAUGGAUAAGCAGGGAAGUUUGUUCACAGCAUUUACAGAUGGUUUGACAAGUAUGGUUGGUGCUGCUAAGGAAGGAAUACAAGGAAAUUUUGAAAAGGCGGUGGAAAAACUGGAGAAGUUGGGCGACCAAUCAGGAUACAAAGAAGCUAUGAAGAUGGCAAACGAAGAAAAGAUGAAACACUUGGAUGAACUGCAGAAGCAACGAGACAUGCGUCGAGACGCCCUACUUCAGUGCAUAGAAUUCACAGAGAAGAUAAAGAGUUGCCAGAAUGAUGACGCUCUAGCAGAUGCCGCCAUCGAAGCCUUGCACAGUUCCAUUGGUGCUCUUAAAUCUCUCUCAGCCACUAUGAUGAGUGCAGCCCUGUUCUGGCGUCAGAUGCAGAGCCACUGCGAGGCUUUAGCGAAAGGAGACGUGCGUCGGAAGGUAGAAACAGCCAUGAAGCUCCCUGAAGAAAAACGACUGAAAGUUUGGACUUCAAAGGGAUUCAAAGUAUCAGCCGUGCAGUUCUAUUCUAAGUGGGUUGCUCUUGAUGACGUGUGCGAAGUGUACAAGCUACAGAUCAAGGAAACCAGACAAGAUCUUUACUCCUACCUGACAGAAAACCCUACCAUCGAAGAGGCGAAAAAGAAUGUGCGUGAGCUAGCCGACACGUUUGCUGCCGAUUUGAAGGCAGCGCAUGAGAAGUUGGCAGAGAAAGAAAAGAAGGCGCUGGAAGAGAGGAAAUCGCUUGAGGACUCUGAAUAG